AAAGGGACAAAAGGCCAGUCUGUCUUGAAAUGCAGAAGCAACCAACUCAGCUGAUCCCCUCACCAUUUCAUAGUUCUCUCUCUCUCUCUCUCCAAGAAAUCCAAGGGCACAGGAAGAAGUCUUGCGUCCUACUUCUCCCUCCAAGAAAUCCAAGACCUGUGCCUUCAGCUCUUGGCCUUCAGAGCUUUUAUUGGGAGUUGGGGGACCAUUUCUUGGGGUUCUUGACCGUUCCUUCCAUGGGAGCUUGGAAGCUGUUGCAUCUCUGCAAGUGACCAUGAGCCAAAGUUUUGACAUCAACGUGCUUCGUGAAGAAGCAAGGACUAGGUGGUUAAAGCCUUCUGAAGUCUACUACAUCUUGCAGAAUCAUGAGAGGUUGCCGAUCACCCAUGAGCCACCGAAGAAGCCACUCAGUGGUUCACUGUUCCUUUAUAAUCGCUAUGUGAAUCGGUAUUUCCGGAGAGAUGGCCAUGUAUGGAGGAGGAAGAAAGACGGAAGAACUGUUGCGGAGGCGCAUGAACGAUUGAAGGUUGGAAAUGUCGAUGCUCUGAGUUGCUAUUACGCUCAUGGUGAGCAAAAUCCAUGUUUCCAGAGGCGGUGUUUCUGGAUGCUGGAACCUGCAUACGAACACAUUGUGCUAGUACAGUAUAGAGAGGUGGCUGAGGGAAGAUAUUAUUCAUCACAACUGUCGAAUGGGCCACCAGAAUCUCUUUCAUCCUUGAGAUAUCCAAAUGCCAUCUGUGGGAACAAAUAUCGCAGCUCCACUUCUGCCGUUAGUGGGGGCGGUGAAUCCCAUCAGAGCUAUUCUACCUUGAGUUCUGUAACUGAAGUAAGUUCCUAUUCUGGGAACAAAGAGUACAACAAAGACGGUGGCAGUUUACUAAGCAUACCAGAGCUUGGACAGACUUGUCUGGAACAAACUACAGAAGUUUGUCAGACAGAUAAUGGUAAUUCGACAAAUAAAUCUGGGCUUAAUGUGGCUUUGAAGAAGAUAGCUGAGCAGUUAAGUUUGGGUGAUGAUGAUGACGACCACAUUUACUCAAAUCAAGCUCAGGCUUUGGGCUUCACUGCAGAUAUUGAGGCUGCAGGUGACAACCAAGUAAAACAAAUUCGACCAGAAGGAACACAAAAUGGUUUGCUGCCUUAUUCAGGUGACAACCAAGGAAAACAAAUUCAACCAGAAGGAACACAAAAUGGUUUAGGCAGGGAUAUAGCACCAUCUUGGGAAGAUGUGCUGCACUCCAGUUCAGGUUUGCCAACUUCAUCUAUAUACCAGUCGGAUGUCCGGUAUCAGCCAAAUUCAGAAUACCAACCACCAGGAGGCCUGGACAGUAGUGAUUUGCGCAUUCAACUUUCUGCUGCUAAAAGAUUUCUUUUAGGACCAGAAGAUUCUAUUGACUCACCAUCUAUGAACUUUAUUUUGAGAAACAAAGGGAACGGUGGAACUGAUACUUUUUCAGCUCAUGACAGUAGAGUUGAAAGCUCUCUGGACCCAAAUUGGAAAACAAAAACAUCGAGAACAUCUCAAAGCGAUUCGCAGGGCUCUGAAAUAACAGAGUUGUUGUUUGACCAUGGUCAGUUUGAACCCUACUCCAGAGCAGAUACAAGACUUACCUUGGAACAGAAGCAGCAGUUUAACAUUCGUGAGAUCUCUCCAGAAUGGGCAUUCUCCUAUGAGAUCACCAAGGUCAUCAUUACUGGAGAUUUCUUAUGCGAUCCAUGGAAUUCAUGUUGGGCAGUGAUGUUUGGUGACAGUGAGGUACCUGCUGAAAUAGUUCAACCGGGUGUUCUCCGCUGCCACACACCACUGCGCAGCAGCGGAAAACUCACGGUCUGUAUUACCUCUGGGGAUAGAGAAGUUUGCAGUCAAGUCAAAGGCUUUGAGUUCCGUACAAAAUCAACAGCUUCCAGUUUCACAGACCUUGCACCAUCUUGUAGACCUCGUAAGUCCAACGAAGAGUUACUACUUCUUGCAAAGUUUGCAAGAAUGCUUUUGUGUGGGAGUGGAAGCUCUGAAGUUUCAGGUGAUAAUCCCCGGUCAGGACAGUGUCCGAAACUUAAGAUGAAUGACGAGCAUUGGGAGCGGUUGAUUGAUGAACUCAAAGGAGGGUGUGAGAAUCCACGGACCACGGUUGAUUGGAUUAUGGAGGAACUGCUGAAAAGUAAAUUACAACAGUGGUUAUCAGCAAAACACCAAGGAUAUGAUGAAGAAGCUUGUUCUCUGUCCAAGCAUGAGCAGGGCAUUAUACACUUAGUAUCUGCACUAGGCUUUGAGUGGGCAUUGUCUUCAGUUCUCAGUGCUGGUGUUGGUAUAAAUUUCCGUGAUUCAAAUGGAUGGACUGCACUUCAUUGGGCUGCUUAUUUUGGAAGGGAAAAAAUGAUUGCUGCACUUCUUGCUGCUGGUGCAUCGGCUACAGCAGUCACCGAUCCCACUGCACAAGACCCAGUUGGCAAAACAGCAGCUUUCCUGGCUUCUGAACGAGGACACAUGGGUCUUGCAGGCUAUCUUUCCGAAGUGUCACUAACCAGCUAUCUUGCAUCCCUCACUAUAGAAAAAAGCGAGAUUUCCAAAGGAUCAGCUGCAGCUGAGGCAGAGAGAGCAGUGGAAAGCAUAUCUCAGAGGAGCGCCCAACUGCACGGUGGCACAGAAGAUGAGCUCUCGAUGAAGGACUCUUUGGCAGCAGUGAGAAAUGCAGCUCAAGCAGCAGCUCGCAUCCAGAAUGCUUUCCGUGCCUUUUCUUUCAGGAAGAGACAGCAAAAGACUGCUCGACUUAGGGAUGAAUACGGAAUGACCCAAGAAGAAAUAGAUGAACUUGCAGCCGCAUCAAGGUCGUACCACCAAACUCAUGCUUCAAGUGGUCAGUUUUAUGAUAAAGCGGCUGUUUCAAUUCAAAAGAAAUACAAAGGAUGGAAAUGGCGCAAACAUUUUCUCAACAUGCGAAGAAAUGCGGUUAAGAUACAGGCUCAUGUAAGAGGCCAUCAAGUGAGAAAGAAAUACAAAACUUUUGUAAGCACUGUUAGUGUGCUAGAGAAAGUGAUACUAAGGUGGCGCAGGAAAAGACACGGCCUACGUGGCUUCCGAGCUGAGCAACAACCAAUGGUUGGAGCAGUAGAGGAAGAUGAGGAUGAAGAUGAUGAAGAUGAUGACUUUGACGACGAUGAAGCGGUCAAGAUUUUCCGUCGGCAGAAGGUUGAUGAAGCUGUAAAGGAGGCUAUGUCAAGAGUGCUGUCCAUGGUAGACUCUACUGAAGCAAGGAUGCAGUAUCGUCGAAUGCUUGAGGAGUUUCGUCUGGCAACUGUCGAAUUGGGUGGAUCAGAUAAAGUAACAUCAAUAUGUGACAGUGACUUAGUAGGGAUCAACAACUUCAUGCACUGAAAAAGGUGCAGCAUGUAAGGAGCAUUUCGGGAGCUGCCUGCAAUGAUAUGAAAGUAUUUAGGAAAUAAGUUCAACUUGCGACUAAUUAGGACCUGAUAGUGUUCAGUUCGUACAGUGUCUGCCUGAAUGUAGACUGUUGCUUCUACGUACCUUUUUCUCUGUAAAUUAUUUGUUUGUUGUGAAUGGCAGUUUAAUGAGCCCUGUAUUUAGGUGUCUAUAACUUUGGGGAAAGAACACCAGUUAGCAUAGUAGGAAUUGAUCAAUAGAUUGUCCGGUUUUCAUGAA